CCGAGAUUGACACAAUCACAAGGUGGAAGAUUCUACUUCCUUGUACAAGCCUCAAAAAUCCAGGACACCAGGAAAUAUGGAAGUUUCAUCUAUGAUCUCUCUCAUCAGCUAUGUGUGAUCGGGCGGAAACGAUUCAUCACAAGGAAAAGAGCUCUUCAAUCGAGCAGCACGAUCAUGGGCUUAGAGAGAAGGAAGUUGUGAUCGUCUGGGCGGUGGCGGUGGCGAUGGUAGCAGCAGGAGCGCAGGGCGUGAAGCUACUCUCAGCGAGGAAUCCAUUCCAGAGUGGAACAGCCUCGGAUCUCGAUCAUGGCACUUACUGGAACAGCCUCAACUAAAAGCUGUCGACUGUGUCGCAGGACUCGACAACACUGCUCCCACUUCCAGGUGUGAUCCUGUGCGAGAGAGUGGAAAGAAAAAAGAAAGAGAUCUUCCAUAAAAGCUUGGAGGAGAUGAUCUUUAAGUUCCAGCGACCAAGUCGAGAAGAAAUAAACAUCCAAUAAAGGUCCCCGUGAUAAAAGUGGAGGACGAUUAACCUCCAACCCACAUCGCCAAUUGGAAGCAUCCAGGUCGUGGACCGCGCCAGGAAAUGUGAAACAGAGCCCAGCGAUGCUGCUUUCUCGGGCUGCCCGUCACCAUCCGCCGCUAUGGCCGAUGCCCACCGCCACCACCACGAGGAGCGCCAGGAGGAGGACGAGGGUGGCGGCGGUGGCGAUGAGCAAAUCCUCCACUCGUCAAAGGGAUGCUGCCGCUUCCUGCGAUCGCUCCGGGCGCUGGUGGUGGUCACGCUGGUGCUCCACUUGGGCAUCUCCGCGCUGGGCACCGCAAUGGCUGUGGUGUCGUCCUCCUCCAGCGGCUGCCCACGAUCGCUGCUAGUGGCGGCGGCGCUGGUUGCUAGCGGCGCUUGCGCGCGAGUGGCUUGGGUGGUGGGCACUGGCUUGUGCCAGGCCGCCACCGCGGUUACCAUGAUCGCCGAGGAGCACGUCCCAGCUUCUCGGAGGAGGACGAGCGGCGCCACCAGCGCGGCGAUCAGGAUUGGGAGACGGAUUUGGUAUCGAAGGUGGCUAUGGUGGGGACGAUUUGGUGUUCUUGUCACCUCCUUCCAAACAGGAGGAGCUUGCUACUUGACCAUCUUGGCUGUGAGGAACGGUCGUUCAUCCUUUUGCUUUCCUGGCCCUGACGCGGCGGCAUUGUUGCGAGACACGCUUGUCAUCCUUCCCAUCGCUACAUGGCUGCUCGUCUUGGCACAGUGUUGCGUUGGCUCGGACGUGCUCUCUUGGAGGUCGCUCUACGAGAUGCAACACGAGGCAUGGCGCGCUCACUACCGCGAGAUUUUCGAUCGCGGCAUUCGAGAGCUGCUUUGCUGCCUUGGGCGAUCGAGAUAUCUGACAACCAUGGAUGAAGACGAGGUUGAUACGGUGGCAGCACUUUUAGGCGAUCUUGUUGCAUACCGUGCUGCCGGUGCAAGCCAUCUCGAGUUUCUCGCUGGUGUUGCUCUUCUGAGAACUCGCAAAUCCAAGCCUCCAGUUCCGAAAGAUCUCCCUCCGGCUCCCGGUCCUCUGGUCACAGAAGCUGCUCUUCUCCAUCCAUAUGCCGUGGCUGCGUACACGGGACCAUUGCUGGACAUUGGACGCACACCGCUACUCUUUCCCUGUGCUUGGAUGUACCGGCAAGGACUCCUCAGCUUAUGGAACCGCAAAAGGAGUCCGAGUGUCGACGGUGAUAAUUGGUGGCGAGGCCAUGCGACUGCGUUCCUUCGUGCUGCUCGCCUCCCAGCCGAGGCGCUCUUGAAAGGAAGGAUUCACCAGAGAAACCGAGAGACAGUCUACUUCGUGAUUGAGUUGAAGGAACUCAAGUUGGUUGUUGUCGCUGUUCGUGGGACUGAAACACCGGAGGAUCUUCUCACAGAUGGCCUGGGACGUGAAUGCAUCCUUGCCGACACUGAUUUUCAAGGAUUGUUCAUGUCUGGUCAUUUGUCUGACACAGCAAAGCUUGAAAUCUCGUCGUCAAAUCCUCACUAUGGCCAUGCCGGUGUGGUGGCGGCGGCCAGAGAGCUUGCCUUCGAGUUGGACAGCCCUGAAGAUAAUCCCGAGCUUUCAGGUAGCUCUGGAUCAUCGAAAAAAACUGGUUUUUUGACUUCCAUACUCGGUCCCGGUGGGAAGUGUGAAGGCUUUUCUUUGAGAUUUACCGGACACUCUCUCGGUGGAUCGAUUGCUGCUAUGGCGGGAAUGAUGCUAUGGCACCGCUUUCCAAACUUACACACUUACGGAUAUGGCGUUUCUUCCCUGUGUCGACGCUGUUAUCGCAGAAGCUGUUGUGUAUAA